CUCUCUUACACCAUCAGUGUCUUCACUAUCUCCAGACCACUCCUACGCUCAAACAUCAUCACCCAAUACCCCCACAGUUUCUAUAAAUUUUAAUCAGUCAACACCUACUACCACCUCAGACCAACCCACAAUUCAAGAGGAAGAAGUAACUGUGCCAUUAUCCCAUGUCAAGUGCCCUCACUGCCCACUUAUUUUAUACAAGAGGAACUUGUUGAUUCAUAUACAGAGAAAACAUGUCCAAAAUGAAGACAUUACAGCAAAAUCACAUUUAAAAAGCAUAUGUGUUGACCAAAGCAAUGGGAUCUAUGCAGUCAGAAAAACAUCUAGGGGUUUCAGUGUGCCAGUACAUGUUCAGCGCAAGACAUGGGGCGAACAACAAAAAACAAAAUGUGAAAUGGAGGACUGUCACCAGUACCACUUACUUGUGCAACGUAGUGGACUGUCUUUUAGCAUGUGCCAUCACAUUCGAUCUGUAGAUUAUUGCACAACCACUGCCACUGAAGAACCAUUACGACAUGAAGUUUUACACGAAAUGAUGGAAAACCAUUUUUUUGGUGGCUCCAAGGUGGAGGUGUGCAAAAAGAGACAAAUGGAAGCAAAGGAAGCCUGUGUCCCAUUGUCUCUGUUGUUGAAUCUCAGUAGGUCUAAAAAUCAUAUUUAUUUUUCAGUUUAUGAACCCGAGUUGUACCAUUACAGCACUCUAGGUAGGGUCAUAGUUACAUACAACAUAAAAAAAAAACACCUGGCAUUGUCCUUGUGCAAAGGCACGCACAUCUUGCACUCACAAGUAUAUUGCCAAGUGGCAUCUUUUCCAAAGACACAAACACCUUUUCAUGACCACAAAACUGACCACCACAGCAUCACCAUCAACUCACCAUGGAAGUCAUCCUCCCGCUACAGAAAUGGAAAGAACUGUAAAGUAUGCGUACGAGUACAAAAAAUACCCACCAGUCUUCCAGAAGAGGUCACAGCUCAAAGAAUGCUGACAGAUUAUCGUCAGAGUUUGUUUCCAGAUGAGACAACGUGCCAGCUAUGUCCAGAUACUCCUGAAUUGGAGGAGGCUGCACAAGUAACAAACAAAGCCAGAAUAGUUGGCAUGCAAGGGGUAAUUCAAAACAUCUCAACUUACAACAGACACUGCACCAGAUGUAAAAUGGUGUAUCGAUACCAGAAGUGGAGAGACGGACUACACAACUUCAAUGACCGUGUCAUUCUAACUCUGCAGCUUUGUGUGUACUUGAGGCACAAUCUCCAGAAUCAUGUCUCAGUUUCCCGGGUUAUCAGCUGUCUUGAGAGUUUAUUGAAGAUUGACUUUCCAGCCCCUGACCUAAUUUUUCAAGGGUAUUGCCAUUUUGAGGCACUCUGCAACACAGAGUACAAAUACUCUUGUGUUAAUUGUGGCUUUUAUCCUCCUGUUGUGGUAAUGGACCUCCACAGAAAAGGAGUGUUCAGUUUUGAGGUGAGUGAACUCAAACAACCAAAACAGGAUUUUCAUGGUGAGCACGAUAUAGUGGCUUUCUGGGAAUCGGUCAGUCUUCACAUGAUCAGCCAAGGAUUUUUCCAGGUCCCUUCACAGAAUCCAUUUGUUGUAAAACCAACGUACGACAACUGGGCAUCUUGGAUCGGAGAGGAGACGCGUCAGAGCAACACUGUUCUAAAUACAGAGUAUGAAAAGGUGCCAUCGCAGAGAUCUUCUGGAGAACCUCAACUAGGUGACCUAACAGAGGACCACCUUGUUGAUGAGCUGUUAAGACAGAAGGUAUCUACUAUUCGAAAGCUGUGCAAAAGUUGCAAUAUGGACACAAAGGGGUCCCGCAUGGACCUCAUUAACCAGCUGCGGGAGGAGAUGAAGAGCAGGCAGGCCUAUGAUAAGAUAUUUCAGUCAAUCUGGGGGGCCUCUGGUGGCUGGUCUGUCAUUAUGUGUCCCCAUGGCAUUGUCUACAGUUUGAAGUUCAACCUCAGAGCAAAAAGCCCUAGGGAUUUUGCAGACCUCCUACUGUCAUGGAAGCAUUUACCCAACGUCUGCAUUUAUGACUUUGCACGUGGACUGGUUGCCCAUGCCAAAUCAAGAGUUCCAGACAACUCACCAUUCCAGCCUUUUGAUGGAAGACUUGCAGACCUAACAGAAGAGAAUGUUGAGGCUGCUGCCCAUGGCAAACUCAGAGUGCAUCUUCCAUGGCUGGUUGAAAAACUUGAACCUUCAUUGCCAAAUGGUCAUCCUAUUACAGGCUCUAACAAUCACUAUGUCCUGUAUGAUAAAUUUCAUCAGGCAAAUGCAAAAGACCCACAGGAAGUACUUAGAAGGAUACGUAUUGCUCCAGAACUUCAAGCAACUUUAAAUAGUCAAGUUGCAGAGCAACUCUUCGCUUGUCUGCUAAAAAACAACUACUUUUUGAACAACAUGGGUCCUUCUGCUCACAUCUUUCUCAUGCGCAACAUCCUGGAACACAGAAACAAUAAUCAGAAUGAAAAACUGCUGAAACGUCAGUUAAUAAGAGGUCUACAAGUCCAGCAGCUACAUGCUACAACCCUGUCAGAUUUGGGCCAGGUGAUACUAGGUCAGCAAAUGUCCACUGACAACAAUAGUGUGGAAGCAGAGCCAUGCUCAACAACACUACAGCAAACACUAACAGAUUUGGGCUCUCUUGGUGCAGAAACCAAAUUCAGUGAAGAAGAAACUGUUAUUGACUGCAAAACCCCACCCAAGUCCUCUAAUGCAGCACUAUCCUGUGGGCAUCACUGUGCAAGUAUCACUGAGUUAUACUCGGUGCAAGCUAAACAGUCUUCCUGGUCAUUUAUUUUGCAUCAGGAUCAAGAGCAAGUGCUCAAUUAUGUUUUGGACACCAGAAGGCCAGGCAAUGAAGUCAUUGUACGUACAUUGAAAAGUACCUUGACUCGAUCAGACUUCCUGACACUGGGCCUGAGGCAAGAUAUGGAGUCCACCAUAGGGAAUGCCUGCUUUGAAAUAAUAGAGAAGAUUGCUCUUUCCAAGGGGACGAAUGUCUACGUAGUAGAUUUGUAUAUCUGCCCGACCUGGCUACCUCCUCUCAAUAACAAUCCAAUGGCAAGUCUGCCUACUCAGGCUCAUCAGAAGGAUGCCGUUUUCAUCCCUCUCUGGACACCUGGUCAUUUCCAGAUAUGUGUCAUCUAGCCAGCUCAGAGAGAAAUUCUGUUUCUAGACUCCCUUUAUGCACAGACUGAGUCAGGAUUUAGAGGCCACCAGUACAUGCCACUUCUGAGGGAUGUUGCUCAGAAGAUAUGUCCAGGUACAUGGACAGAGAAAACGGGCAAGGAUUUUGAGGGCUUCCCAAAGCAAGACUUUGGAUCAGACUGUGGCAUAUUCAUGUUAAUGUCCGCUUUGUACAUUGCCCUGAACGCAAAGUUUGACUACACAAUUGUUGACAUACCUGUUUUGCGGAGGUGGUGGUGCCU